GAACCCUGAAAACAUUACAUUCCUUUUUGGGACAAUUGUAUAAAAAUAUACCACGCAAGGCAACGUUGAUAUUGGCGCGUUUGUACCUUUAUAUAAAUAAGAAAUUUAUCGCUUGUAUAAGAAAAACGUAGCGUAGCUUGAUGUGCAUAAACAUGUAAGGUCGAGGCCGAAUUAUAUUAUGAUCAUACAGAGCGUACAAAAUUGUGGGUGAGAGUAACAGAACGGUCGGAGAAAAUAUUUUGGAUACCGACAUACGCGUAAGCGCACGUGCUACAGUACAGUGUAAAGUGGAACGUGUGUUACUUACGAAGAUAACUUCAUGAUUUUAUUGUAACUAGUAGUGAAUGUGUAAUUGUUAUUGUUUAGUUUACAUUUUUAAAAGAUGAUUAAAUUAAUAACAUUAUCAUCAAUAGUGGCAGUUGCCGCUAUAGGGUCUGGACUUAUAACAUACAAGCUUCACAGUGUACCCAAAAAGCCCGAACUAAAUCUACAAAAAUGGUGGGGCAUUGGAGAGAAGCCAAAGGAGGAGGAUACCUCUAUUAAAAUAUUUAAUAUUGAUUUUAACGAUACGAUGAUACAUGAUCUUAAGCAGAGAUUAAAAAACCAUCGACCAUUCACAAAAUCUCUGGAAGGAAUCCAAUCGGAGUACGGGAUAAAUACAAAAUAUUUAGAUAAAAUAAUAACUUAUUGGCUUGAUAAGUAUGAUUUUAAGAAACGUGCCGAACUCCUUAAUAGGUAUUCCCAUUACAAAACAAGGAUACAAGGGUUGGAUAUCCAUUUUAUACGGGAAACACCUAAAGCCAGGGGUCUUAAAGUAUUGCCAUUACUUCUUUUACACGGUUGGCCGAGUUCUUCUAAGGAGUUCGAUAAAAUUAUUCCAAUGCUCACAUCAAAAAGGAAUAAAUAUAAUUUUGUUUUCGAAGUCAUCGCUGCUGAUUUACCUGGAUUUGGAUUUUCAGAGGGUACAAACAAGCCAGGCUUAAAUCCAGUGCAAAUAGGAAUAAUAAUGAGGAAUCUGAUGAAGCGUCUGGGUUUUGAUAAGUUCUACCUACAAGCUGGAGAUUGGGGGUCACAAUGUGCCACACACAUGGUAACCAUGUUCCCUGAUGAGAUAUUAGGUUUCCACACAAAUAUGCCGUUCUCUUCGAGGCCUGUUAGCGCAGUAAAGAUGUUGCUAGGGUCCCUGGCCCCUGAUGUUGCCGUAGAUUCUAGAUACGUCGACAGGAUUUAUCCGUUGAAAAAAUUAUUCUCUUAUUUACUUAAAGAGAGUGGGUACUUCCAUAUACAGGCCACAAAGCCAGAUACUAUCGGCGUGGCUCUUAGUGAUUCGCCAGCUGGUUUAGCUGCUUAUAUUGUUGAGAAAAUGGGAGUGGUGAGCAAUCGAGAUCAACUAAAUACUCCCCAUGGUGGUAUAGAAAACUUGCAUCUGGACGAUGUAUUAGAUACCAUUACCAUUGUAUGGACUAACAACUGCAUUGUUACAUCGAGCAGAAUUUACGCAGAAGCAUUUGCUUGGCCCGAAGUUAAUAUUAUUCACAACAUACCAACUCCGGUCCCAACAGCUGCUAUCAACUUCAAAUAUGAAGUAUUGUACCAACCAGACUGGAUAUUAAGAGAUAAGUUCCCGAAUUUAGUAUCAUCUAAUACACUGGAUUUAGGUGGUCAUUUCGCUGCUUUACAGACUCCUCAAGUAUUAGUUGACGAUAUUUUCUCAGCAACCGCCAAGUUUUUAGAUUUCAAUGCGAAAAAAAAUCGAUAAUACAUCUCUAUUAACAGAAAUAUUAAGCUAUUUAUUCCAAAUUAAUAAAAAUAAUGUUAGAUAAUCAGUAAGGAAUUCAGAUAUAAAAUUAUUAACAUAGUCAAAUUUUGUAUUGGAUUUAUUUUUUCAUAAACCUAUUUUCAGUAUUUUUUUAUCCAAUAUGUUUCAACCAAGUUUAGUUUAACUAAAGAUAAAUAGGAAUACAGAGUAUUAAUAAUGAUAUUAAUAAUGUAAUAUAAUAAUAGAGUAUUAAUAAUGUAAUGUUUGUUGUGCCAAAUUACAUUAAAUAAUUGUAAAAUAAAUAUAUUUUUAAAGUAACAUAUUUGAAAGAUUAAAAACAAACUAAACUUUUAGCCAAAACUUUUGAGUCUAAGACGUAUAUCAUCUCAAAUUAUUACCAAUUAACAUAUUUUAAUGAAGAUAUUAUCUGUUUAUUGCUAUUAUAUAAAUUUUUAUUUUAAUUUAUUUUGGUUUAUUUUUAUUAAUUUAUUAUUAUUAUAUAAAUGUACUUAAUAAGUAGGCUAAGAACUUUUAUAUAUCUAAGAAUUAAAAUAGUAUACAGAUUAAUAAAUAAAUUAAUAAAUAUUCCAUUAAAAAUAAGUAUUGAGUAUUGUGAUGAAAUCAAUGUUUGUAUAAUAAAAAUAGGGUAGUUGAUAUGGAAUUUGAAUUAUAUAAUGUGCUUGCGUUUAUAAUAUCAAUAUAUAUUAUUAUUAUUUCAGCCACUAACUGUCCACUGUUGGACAUAAGCCUUCCCGAUAAGGGGAGUUUUGCCAGUAGUUGUCACGCUUGGCAGGCGAGUUGGCAAUCGCAGUUAGGUUUUAAGAGAUGUUUUAAGAGGGACACUGCUACCUAUUCCUUGCCCUCCCUUAGUCGCCUUUUAUGGCAUGUGAAAAGAAGAUGUGGCCCAUUUUAUACAGGGGCACACACGGCAAUUCAAUAUAUAUAUUUAAGAUUUUUUUUUAUACAACUUAGAAUGGCAAACAAGCUGACGACCCACCUGACGGAAAGUGGUAACCGUCGCCUAUAGACAUGAGCAGUACCAUGGACAUAACAGAGUGUACUGAUUCGCCCAUUAUAGCCCCCAUGCGUUGCCAUUCCUGAGAACUCAGAUGUUAUUCCUCUGUACCCUGUAAAUUCACGCCAUAUCCCACCCUUCAAACCGAAACACAGCCAUGCAAACACAACUGUUUCACGGUAGAAACACGAAUGGGACAGAAGUACCCAAGCAAUCGAUUUUUGUACAAAGUCUCCCUCUGGUAAGAUUGUUGUAGUAGUGAUAGUUGAUGUAGUUAUAAAUAAAAAUGUAAUUAAAAAAAAUGUUCAACUAGUCAAAUACGAGAGGAAAUUAAGGAAUAAAUGUAUAAAUGCAGAACAAUG